UCCGCUGGAGGAGAACACACACUUCAACUACAGACACAACUCUGACCUACUGCAAACAUGUCUGACAAGCCAAAUCUCGAGGAGGUGACCAGCUUUGACAAGACCAAGCUGAAGAAAACAGAAACUCAGGAGAAAAAUCCCCUGCCAUCAAAAGAAACCAUCGAACAGGAGAAGCAGGCGGGUUCAUCAUGAAGCCUGCUCAACACACUUCUAUGCACUGUACAUUCCACAUUGCCUUCUUUUUCACGUCUUUUCGCUGUUUAACUUUUAACGGAUAAAUAUGACCUAAGUCGCAUUGUGAUUGGACAACCAACCAAAAAAAAAAAAAAAAAAAGAAAAAAAUGCAGACGUCCGUACAAGCCCUUUGUUUGUGUGCCCACGUACUCCUCUUUUUGUAAGCGCACCGCUGGUAUUCGGCUGAAGUUUUGCUGAUAUGGAUGAGCUUCACCAGUUUCACUGCUUGAGGAGUGGAGAGAGGGGCGGGGCUAAGAGUUUGAGUGACACCUAACAGAGACUCGCUCUUGUAACAUCUCUUGUGACCUUGGUUGACUUGCUCAAAUGCUUUAAAGUCAUGCAGUGUAUUUUUUGUUUUUUUUGUAUGUUGACGUCUUGGAAUGCACAACUUUUUGUUUUGUAAUGCAAAUAAAGAUCUGUAAUAUUCAGAUGGACACCUUUUUAAA